AUGAGAGAAUAUUUCAGAAAUACUGAUGAAUUUGUUCUUGUAGGGUUAACAGAUGUCCUAGAACUACAAAUCCCUUUAUUUAUCAUCUUCACUGUCAUUUACUUCAUCAUUCUUGUUGGGAACCUUGGGAUGAUCGUGUUGAUUCUGUUGGACUCCCGUCUCCACACUCCGAUGUACUUUUUCCUCAGUAACCUCUCCCUGGUGGACUGUGUUUAUGCCUCGGCUGUCACUCCUAAGGUAAUGGUGGGGUUUCUCACUGGAAAUAAAAUCAUAUCCUAUAAUGUUUGUGCUGCUCAGAUGUUCUUUGCAGCUUUUAUCAUUAUUGAAGCUUUCCUCCUGGCCUCAAUGGCUUUUGACCGCCAUGCAGCUGUGUGCAAGCCCCUUCAUUACACUACAACCAUGACAAAUACUGUGUGUGUCCUACUUGUUGCUGGUUCCUACAUCAUUGGACUCGUACAAUCGUCUAUCCAUGUUGCCUUCACUUUCCAUCUCUCUUUCUGUCAUUCCAAUGUGAUUAAUCACUUUUUCUGUGACAUUCCCCCUCUGCUAGCUAUUUCUUGCUCUGAUAUCUACACAAAUGAAAUUUUGCUUUUUACAUUGGCAGGAUUCAAUGUAGUUUUCACUCUCUUUGUUAUCUUGAUUUCUUACUUGUUUAUUUUUGUUGCUAUCCUGAGGGUGAAUUCAGCUGAAGGACAGAAGAAGGCCUUCUCUACCUGCAUAUCUCACCUCACCACUGUUUCCAUCUUCUAUGGGACCACUAUCUUCAUGUAUUUACAACCAGGUUCCAGUCAUUCCAUGGACACAGACAAAAUGGCAUCUGUGUUUUAUACUACGAUCAUCCCCAUGCUGAACCCUCUGGUCUACAGCCUGAGGAAUAAAGAGGUCAAGAGUGCAUUCAAAAAGUUGUUGAAAAAGCAAAGUAUUCAUUGCACACAGUCAAUUAAUUGUAUUUUCGAAAUCAUGCAAAACUUUCACUAG